AUGGAUCUCAUAGAUCUUUAUCAUGCAUACGAUCACCAAGUAGCGUUCAACGACGGCGAUCUGCUGAAGCCAGUGGAAAAUGGUGUGAUAGACGUGCCAAAGGAGUCGCAGAAAAUGAAGAAACCUAGAUUUGUCCCAUGGGAACCGUACAAAGCCGCGCCUAGUGCCGAUAGGUUCGUUUCUGUAGGAAUGUGCUUGACGAGAAUUCCAACAAGCAUGCUGAGCGAAGAUUGUCAGUCUGAGCAGAUCUUAGCCCUAAAAAAGGAGUUGGGUGAAGUGAAAUCGCAGUUGGAACUGGAACGAAAGCUGAAUGCAGAGCUGAAGCGAUUGAUGGUGGCGACGAUAAGCGAUGAAUUGCAGGGACAAGUCCAAGCGCUCACCGAGGACAAAAUUCGAUUGGCUCACCGAGUGCAAGAAUUCUCUGAAAAGUUGACUCGUGAGGACGAAGAAGUAGAUCAUCUGAAAAUCGACCGUGAUGUGUGGAAGUCUAAGUUCCUUGCGCAGUCUAUACGAACUGAUGAAUUGACGUAUCGAGCUGAAGUGUUGAUUGGCAUGCUUCGUGAAGCGCAACGAAUAGUCAGAAGUGUCAGUAACUCUACCACAAAUACUGACGCGAAACGUUUUGCUAGUCUUGAUCUCAAAACGCUAAUUUCGCGAUCUCCAUGUGAAGAGCGAUUACAAAGGAAUGGACCGAAUUACGAAAAUGUGACCAUCGCCUGUUGUCCCAACUGUUCUGGACGUGAAAUACUGCUACUGUGAGAAUGUUUCUCAUUUAUGCUUCUCAGUCGUGGUAUUUUCUAUGUUUACGAUUAAUUGGCUUAUCUUUACGUAUCUAACAUAUUUAUACUAAACCUAUAUUUCUAAAGUCUUCACUUAGACAUGGGACGGGAUGGGGAGUUUUGAGGUAGAACAUCAUUUGCUGUAUUCCCUAAUGCUGUUAGGAGUGGUAUAUUUAGAGUAUCCUAGGUUUUUCAUUGUUUGUACAUAGGUCAUGUGUAAUAGGAACGGGUCUCUAUGGUUAGUGCAAGCAUUUACAUCCGUUUCAAAAACACUCAGUUUCUUAACCCUAACAUUUUUUCUAAUAUCAUACAAUAUCUUUACAAGUUGCUGGUUUUGAUUACAUUAACCGUCUUGUAACAAUUGUUUUUAUUCACAUCUGUGGUCUUUAGUCGGUCAUUUGCAAUAACCGGUAUUAACAAAGUAGGUUGAGUUGGAUAAUGUUACGACAAUAUAAAGCACUUUCAAUAUUUGUAGUUUUGCUUAUUCUCUGGCCUAUAGUUUUUUCACUAGUGACAUGCAAACAAGUCUUUGUUAGAACAUUGCUCCGAAACACUGUUGGUCUCAUUUAAACUGUGAUACGUUCAUAUUUCCCUAGCUCGACUCCUACUUUUCACUCUUUGUUCUAUUUCUUGUGUUUUCUCAAUGUUGUUCGCGCGGUUGUGACUGAUUUGAUGUAUUUAGUUGUAUAUGCCAGAGAUACCAAUGUAAUAGAUCAUGCAGAAAUAGAGUAUUUCUGGAUUUUCGAACGUUUUUGGUUGCUAGUAUC